AUGGAUAAGACUCAGGAAGCCAAUCCUGUGGGAUCACAGGUUGUGCAUCAUGUAGAUCCUGUGCUGGAGCCAGAGAAUCAGCAUCACCAUUCUCAUCAACACCAUACCGCUUUCGCCGAAGAGGGACGUCAGGAUGAAGUGGUAUAUUCUAAGGAUGCCCAAUUCGAGAAAGGAAUUGUGCCGGAACAAUCACCUCUGGACCAUGGCAGCAAAAAUUCCAAGGACGAGGAAGCCGGCGAAAAUUUCCCAGCCCAGCGCACGUGGUAUCGUCGCGUGGGAAAACAAUGGAGACAUAUAGCCCAUGCUGUGGUCUGGCUUCUGUUUACCGGAGGAUGGCUCAUCCCAUUCCUGCUCUAUCUUGCCAUCACUUUGCGAAUUAUCUUCUUCUAUGUCCCCAUCACUAUCAUAUCGAGGCCCAUGCAAUGGGUCUGGGAACGUACUGCUCACCCUUUCGUGCGCAUGAUUCCCGAGAAGAUCAGAGUCCCCAGUGCCGCUGCGCUAUGCAUCGGUGUUAUUCUUAUCGGCUCGUUUGUGUCCGAAGAAUCACAGGAUAACACCCGUGCCAACCGUGCAGUCAGUCUGUUCGGAAUGGUAGUCUUCAUCUUCGGAUUAUGGCUCACAUCUCGAAACCGCAAGAAGAUCAUCUGGCACACUGUCAUUGUCGGCAUGCUGGCACAAUUCAUUAUUGCUCUGUUUGUGCUCCGCACCACUGCAGGCUACGACAUCUUCAACUUCAUCUCAGGCCUGGCCACUGAUCUGCUUGGUUUUGCUGCCGACGGAGUCAUCUUCUUGACCAGCGAAGACUUCUACAACUUCCACGACGGCUUUUCACCAGGCUCUUUCUUCAUUGUCAGCGUUAUCUCCGCCAUCAUCUUCUUCGUCUCCUUCGUCCAGCUCUUGUACUACUACAAUAUCCUGCAGUGGUUCAUCGGAAAGUUCGCCGUCUUCUUCUUCUGGAGCAUGCGCGUUUCCGGUGCCGAGGCGGUCGUCGCUGCCGCAUCACCCUUCAUCGGCCAGGGUGAAUCAGCCAUGCUGAUCCGUCCCUUCAUCGCCCACCUUACUAUGGCCGAGCUGCACCAAGUCAUGUGCUCUGGCUUCGCCACCAUCGCCGGAAGUGUCCUGAUCGCCUAUAUCAGUAUCGGUGUCAACCCACAGGCAAUGGUCAGCGCCUGUGUCAUGAGUAUUCCCGCCUCGCUAGCGGUCUCGAAGUUACGUUGGCCUGAGGAGGAAGAAACCCUCACUGCAGGCCGUGUCGUCGUCCCCGAUGAUGAUGAGCACCGCUCCGCCAAUGCCCUCCACGCAUUCACCAGCGGCACCUGGCUCGGUCUGAAGAUUGCUGCUAUGAUCGCAUCCACACUCCUGUGCAUCAUCGCUCUCAUCGGUCUAAUCAACGGUCUCCUCACCUGGUGGGGCCGAUACCUCAGCAUCAACGACCCCCCACUGACCCUCGAGCUGAUCGUCGGAUACAUCUGUUACCCAAUUGCCUUCCUGCUCGGUGUCUCCCGUGACGGUGACCUGCUUAAGGUUGGCAAGCUGAUUGGUACCAAGCUCGUUACCAAUGAAUUUGUCGCCUAUGAAGCCCUCCAAAACAACGCCGAGUACAAGGACCUCUCCGACCGCUCUCGCCUCAUCGUUACAUACGCGCUCUGUGGAUUCGCCAAUAUCGGCUCCCUCGGUAACCAGAUCGGUGUCCUGUCGCAGAUCGCGCCUGGUCGGUCUAACGAUGUCUCGCGUGUUGCAUUCAGUGCUAUGGUUACUGGAGCCAUCAGUACUUUCACCAGUGCAACUAUUGCUGGCUUGUUGAUUACCAAUGAGAAGCAGUACUUCGGUACUUCUACUUAG